GAGAGUGGGUCAUUUGUCGUCAGAGCGUAGUGAGAGGGAGUCCUUAGAGAGAGAGAGAGAGAGAGAAGGGUCCUUCUCUCUGCCUCUUCUUCAGUUUGUGAUUGUCUCCGUCGCGUUCGUUUCCUAUUCCUCGGCUGCCUCGACCUUCUCCAGAGAGAGAAAGACUGAAGAUAGAGAGAGUGAGAGAGGCAUCGAAACUUAGAAACCAUUAAAACCCAAAUUUUACCAUCAUCAUCAUCAUCAUCAUCAUCAUCAGCUCAGCUCAGCUUCUCUCUCUCUAAAAUAUUCCCAUCCCCUAAUCCUUUUUUUUUUUAUUUUCCCUCGGAUUCGAAUUUCCGCCCGUCGGUGUAGGGUUUUCGAUCCCCCAACACGCGGCGCGAUUGGGGCGCUAGGGUUUCGAAUUCCUCGGGGGAUGCUCGCCGGAGCUGCCAAUUCGCGGGAGUCCUAGCUCCGAUCUCGAAAUUUUAGGGCUUGAAUCCAGUCUGGGGGUGGCGGACGGUGGUCAGAUGGAUGUUGACUCGGCCAUGGUGCCGGAGACCGAUCACGAUCCAGCAUCUCAGAACCAUAACGGCGGCGGCCCCCCGGAGCAGCCUCAGUCCGGCGGCGGAGGAUCUCCGGCCCCGGCGCCAGCUCAGCAGGCGGUGCAGCAGACUCCAGUGGUUGGCCCCAGGCCUGCUCCGACUUACUCGGUGGUAAAUGCGACAAUAGAGAAGAAAGAGGAUGGUCCGGGCCCGAGGUGUGGGCAUACUUUGACUGCGGUGGCGGCAGUGGGAGAGGAGGGCACGCCUGGGUACAUCGGCCCGAGGCUGAUUCUGUUUGGUGGGGCUACUGCUCUUGAGGGCAAUUCCGCAGUUUCAGGAGCUCCUUCAUCUGCUGGCAGUGCGGGAAUUAGACUCGCUGGCGCAACAGCUGAUGUGCACUGUUACGAUGUCUUGACAAAUAAAUGGUCAAGGAUCACACCAUUUGGAGAACCGCCAACACCGAGGGCAGCUCAUGUGGCCACUGCUGUCGGGACUAUGGUUGUCAUCCAGGGUGGAAUUGGUCCGGCAGGCUUGUCUGCUGAGGACCUGCAUGUCCUUGACCUUACGCAGCAGAGACCAAGAUGGCAUAGAGUUGUUGUCCAAGGCCCUGGUCCAGGUCCACGUUAUGGGCAUGUUAUGGCUUUGGUGGGGCAAAGGUAUCUCAUGGCAAUUGGGGGGAAUGAUGGAAAACGGCCUUUAGCUGAUGUAUGGGCAUUGGACACUGCUGCCAAGCCCUAUGAAUGGAGGAAGUUGGAACCUGAAGGAGAAGGUCCUCCUCCGUGCAUGUAUGCUACUGCUAGUGCACGCUCGGAUGGUCUUCUUUUGCUUUGUGGUGGGAGAGAUGCAAAUAGUGUGCCACUUGCCAGUGCAUAUGGACUUGCUAAACAUAGGGAUGGACGAUGGGAAUGGGCAAUUGCUCCUGGUGUCUCUCCAUCCCCUAGAUAUCAACAUGCAGCAGUCUUUGUUAAUGCACGGCUCCAUGUAUCUGGAGGGGCGCUUGGUGGGGGACGUAUGGUAGAAGACUCUUCUAGUGUUGCAGUCUUGGACACUGCAGCAGGUGUCUGGUGCGAUACGAAGUCUGUUGUUACCAGUCCUAGAACAGGCAGGUUCAGUGCAGAUGCAGCAGGUGGAGAUGCUGCUGUUGAGUUGACAAGGCGCUGCAGGCAUGCAGCUGCUGCGGUUGGUGACUUAAUAUUUAUUUAUGGUGGUUUACGUGGAGGGGUAUUGCUCGAUGACCUGCUUGUUGCCGAAGAUCUAGCUGCUGCAGAGACCACUUCUGCAGCCUCGCAUGCUGCUGCGGCAGCAGCUGCAUCUAAUGUACAGACACCAAGGAUGCCAGGAAGGUAUGUAUGUGUUGAUGAUAGAACAAGGCAGACAAUGCCUGAGGCAGUGCAGGAUGGUUCAGUAGUGUUGGGAACUCCAGUUGCGCCCCCUAUGAAUGGUGACAUGUAUACCGAUAUAAGCACCGAGAAUGCCAUGCUUCCUGGGUCACGGAGAAUGAAUAAGGGUGUGGAAUCUCUGGUUGAAGCAUCAAUUGCAGAAGCUGAGGCUAUCAGUGCUACUCUGGCUGCUGCUAAGGCAAGACAAGUUAAUGGAGAAGUUGAAUUGCCAGACCGGGAUCGUGGGGCGGAGGCCACUCCUAGUGGGGAGCAAAUGUCCUCUUCCAUUAAAAUGCCUGACACUGCUGGGUCAAAUAACAUUACCCCAACUGGGGUUCGGCUGCACCAUAGAGCUGUGGUUGUAGCUGCAGAGACUGGUGGAGCUUUAGGGGGGAUGGUGAGACAACUUUCAAUAGACCAAUUUGAGAAUGAAGGCAGACGAGUCAGCUAUGGGACUCCGGAAAGUGCAUCUGCUGCUAGGAAGUUGUUGGAUCGACAAAUGUCCAUUAACAGUGUGCCAAAGAAAGUCAUUGCUCAUCUUUUGAAGCCUCGUGGAUGGAAGCCUCCUGUUCGUCGGCAAUUUUUCUUAGAUUGUAAUGAAAUAGCAGAUCUUUGUGACAGUGCUGAGAGGAUUUUCUCUAGUGAGCCCAGUGUUUUGCAGCUGAAGGCUCCUAUUAAGAUUUUUGGUGAUUUGCAUGGACAAUUUGGAGAUCUCAUGCGCCUCUUUGAUGAGUAUGGUGCACCCUCGACUGCUGGCGAUAUUGCAUACAUCGAUUAUCUCUUCUUAGGAGAUUAUGUUGACCGUGGCCAGCACAGCCUGGAGACAAUUACUCUUCUGCUUGCGCUGAAGGUUGAGUACUCCCACAAUGUACAUUUAAUUCGUGGAAACCAUGAGGCUGCAGAUAUCAAUGCCCUUUUUGGCUUUCGGAUAGAGUGCAUUGAGCGCAUGGGUGAAAGAGAUGGAAUCUGGGCGUGGCAUCGAAUAAAUCGUUUGUUUAACUGGCUGCCUCUAGCAGCUCUUAUCGAGAAGAAGAUCAUUUGUAUGCAUGGUGGUAUUGGUAGGUCAAUAAAUCAUGUGGAGCAGAUUGAGAAUAUUCAGCGCCCAAUUACCAUGGAGGCUGGCUCUAUUGUGUUGAUGGAUCUAUUAUGGUCCGACCCAACAGAAAAUGAUAGCGUGGAAGGACUCAGGCCAAACGCAAGAGGCCCUGGGUUGGUUACCUUUGGGCCUGACCGUGUGAUGGAGUUCUGCAACAACAACGAUCUCCAGUUGAUUGUUCGUGCUCAUGAAUGUGUGAUGGACGGCUUUGAGCGAUUUGCCCAAGGGCAUUUAAUAACUCUGUUCUCAGCUACCAACUACUGCGGUACUGCAAAUAAUGCUGGAGCAAUAUUGGUGUUGGGCAGAGAUCUUGUUGUGGUUCCCAAACUAAUCCAUCCUUUGCCUCCGGCAAUAUCAUCCCCAGAAACAUCCCCCGAACGCCACAUUGAAGACACAUGGAUGCAAGAACUUAAUGCGAACAGACCACCCACACCUACCCGAGGGCGUCCUCAAGUAGCAAAUGACCGAGGCUCUCUUGCUUGGAUUUGAUGGGAUAGAUACAGUUCAUUUACACUACUUUCACGCCAAGCUUGCUGCUGCACGAGGGUUUGGAUUUUGAAGGACAAAUAUUUCAUGUCCAGGAACGGGAAUCUAUGGCUUGCUGAGUUGGAGACAUUUUUUGCCACGAGGAGUCAGUAGCCCGUGAGAUGGGAGUACGAGUUCCAGAACUGGAAGAUUUGAUUCGUUGCCUUUGGCACACCAAAGGCUACAGGUUGGGUCCCACCCAGCUUCUGUAAAUUGUGCCGCGAGGGAUUGGAAGGAAGUUUUUUCCUCCUGUACAAGUCUGUAAGGUCGGUUUCUUCACGUUUUCGUGGUUUCAUAGCGCGGGAUAUUUUUGCUGAUUAGUAUAUUUUCCCCCCCCAGGGUUCCUCAUUUAGGGCGAUAUUAAAAUUUUUUUUUUCUACUUGAUGGUUCGGUUGUGCGUUGGGUAUCGGGAUACAUAAUUGUUGUGGUUCAGAUUGUGGGGCGUCUCGUGUAUCAUACAAGGGGUUGCUUUUGUGUAAUUUCAAUGUCUGUCUUUGUACAAUAUAAUUUGGUUUGAAGAGGACGACCUCCUCUCCUCUCAAUUUACAUGAACAAUAGAUGUGUUUUUUUUUUUGGGGGGUAAA